GUUACAUUCUCAAAUUUAUAAAAAUGGUGGGCUGUCAGUAUACUGAACGUCAAUUUGUUUAAACGUAAAAAAGAGAAUAUAAUAAUAAUUAUGUCAUACAAUAUUGAGCUAAGGAUGUGAAGAACUUUAAUCGGAAAAAAUGGGAUUACAUGCCGCUGUUCAGGCCUUAAAGAAAGCUGAUCGUCUCAAAGAAAAGGUCAUCAACUGUGAAGAUUUAUUGAAUGACAACGAAGCCUGGCAUUGUCAGCAACAACUACAGGAGAUCUACCAACAAGUACUGAUUCUUGAUUUAGAGUAUGCUUUGGACAAAAAAGUAGAACAAGAACUUUGGAGCCAUGGUUUCAAGAAGUACAUCGCAACCUUACAGACCCUCGCUAAAGAUGAAAAGAACCCGAAGCGUAGUGAGUCGCAAGCACUGUUGUCUUCUUGCUUGGACGGGGCCAGCGGUUUCUACCUAACACUGCUACAAGAGGUCUGUACUACAUUCGAUCUGGACCUGCCGUUCCGAAGGCGUGACGUCACACACAGUACCAAGCGCAACACACAGCUGUCCAAGCCACAGCGUACCUCUUGCUACUACAUCUGCCAGCAUUGUCUCGUCCACCUGGGUGAUAUCGCACGUUACCGUAACCACAGUCGGCAGGCCGAAGCUUUCUACAGGCACGCCGUACAGCUGAGUCCAUUAAGCGGACAGCCGUACAAUCAGUUGGCCUUGUUGGAGUCAAGCAGAGGCGACAGACUGAGCACAGUGUUCCACUACAUGCGCAGCAUCGCUGUAAGACACAUGUUCCCUGCGGCCAGCUCUAACCUGGCCCUCACCCUGGAGAAGUGUGCUUCGUACAAAUGGAACAAAGACUACCUAACAACAAAACUGACGACAACUGAAUAUUUAUCGCUCUACUUGAAACUGCAUGCCUACUUCUAUACUUGUCGUGAGCUGGAUGUUUGUGCUUCUUACGUUAAAACGCUGACGGACGCACUCAUUCCUCAUAUUGCAACCCAGAGCUUCAAUUCAUGGAAAUUGGUUCAGAUUUUUGCAAUCAAUACGUUUGCCUACUAUCACCCCUGCCGUGAUGGCGAGGACCAAGCCGAGUUAACAGCUGAUGAGGUACGGAUGCGGAGUUACGUUGUGGACCUCAUUGCCGGUUCACUUAAUGCCUUCCUCCUGCCUGUCUACACGCUCAAACAAGACGAGACUCUCCUAGACUACUUCGCUCUACCUGUUGUGAAACUGACGCUGGAGUGGGUGCGACUGCAGCCCCAGGUGCUGCUGGAGGAGGGGUUCACCAAAAGACUGCAGAUAUGGCCCAGUCUGAGCAGGCUGCUCAACGUACUCCAAGCUUCUCUCAGCGGCUUCUCCGCCCAGACCUACGCUAAGGUUCCUCUUCCAGAGGAUAGUGACUUACAAGGUUUCAUACCGUUAGAGAAAGCUUUUAUGGACUUGAAUUUCAGUCUCCAAGAAGGCAGUGUUACCAGUAACAAACUGAGGGGAGCGAGGUUGCUGCAGCUCGGCAACUGGUUGGCUCAAAACACUCCCAACCUCAUUACUUCCAAUGUUGUCCCCCUCACUCUCCUCUUGGGAGACGGCAAGCAGCGGCCGAGCCAGCAAUUACCACACCCUGAGCCACUCUCACUGCACAAUCCCUCCAUAGACAUCUUGUCCACUCUGGACACCGUGCAAGACAUCUUGUCCACUCUGGACACACCGUGCAAGGUAAGUACAUUUAGUGUUGUACCCCCUCACUCCACCCUCCUCGGAGACGGCAAGCAGCCCGAGCCAGCAAUACCACACCUGAGCCACUACUCACUGCACAAUCCCUCCAUAGACAUCUUGUCCACUCUGGACACCGUGCAAGAGAAAACGGUGCAGGCCAUCCUGAAUACCUCAGCUGCUGACUUUCAGAACGAUGGUAGUAAUGUCAACAGGACUGAUCCCGCCAGAACGUUGCCUUGCAAGCCAUACUACGCAGAAUCACAGGAGCAGGAUAACCAAAAACAAGCAACUCCCUAUCCUCCUGUGUUCCCUUUCCCCCCACCCACCAUCGACAAACAGGAACUUCCACAAGCUCCCCCUCCCCCUGCUCGGGGGACCCCACUGGCUGACGAGCCCCGCAAUCCUAUACCUUGGUGGAAGCCUCCCAGAGGAAAACCCCUUAUAAUGGGGCCCCCCCACCUCCGAGAUUUCAGAGCGCUCCCUUUUGGUUUGAACCAAUCACAAGUGAUACAGCAAACUCCUUCUAAUGACAUUUUUGGCAAUAACAUGAGCUACAAGAAUCCGUUCUCGACCAUGUUCUCCCAGCCUCCACCACCAACGUUCAACUCCCAGCAACAUCCAGAACCCGCUAAAUCUCAGGUGGUGGAAUCCCCACAGCCUAGCAACCUGGUGUCCCCCGCUUACUCUCUAUUUAGCCCCGCCUGGACCGCCCCUCAGCAUCCUCCACCUCCUGUAGCCUCUCUCAUGGGCCAGCAGUCACUGUGGUUUGGACCGGGUCCGUCGCCGUUGGAACGGUUGCUAGAACAGCAGAAGCAGCUGAGGAAGGGGCCCACGCCACAUUCAGACGCUACUUGAACUUCUGUGGCAACCGCUUGGAUGUCGGGUUCUGUCUUGCUAGCUAGUGGUGUCAGUCGUGGCCACCCGUUUUGAUUUCACCAUCAGCAUAUCAUUAAAAAGACAAAAGAAGUAUUCUGUUCAUGAUGUCAGAUAUCAGUUUUUGCUUUUCACGUAAAUCACUGGUAUUACUUCUUCCAUGUAGAGGAAGAGUGGUCCUGACAUGUUGUGUUAAAUUCUGUGUUAAAAUUUUAUUUUUAUAUUUCAGACUUCUGUGAUUAACUUGUUAUAAAUGAAUAUUUGCAUCUGGUUUGUGCUUUAACUGCACUCUCUAUCUUAUUUAUGUUCUGUUCACUAGUACGAUUGUUUUACCAAAAGAAACUGUUUGCAAUAAAUAAUGAUGUACUUUUAAUGUAAUAAGUACUGAUUUCAAUUUAUUGUUUUUUGUUUUGUUUUAUCUAUUACUAUGUUGGUAUUUUUAAAAUAAGGUACACUCAAUUGUUACAUUUGUUCAUAUCAAACUACUAAAAACUACAAUAGUUCCAGUUACAGUUGUAGUUCAAAUAAAAAUGUUGUUAAAGUUCAUUUAUUUUGUCUUGUAUCGGUAAGGUAUCAAGUAACGUGAAAUUAAGUAUGUGGCUGUUAAAAAUAUAAAGAGAAAAACACCUGUCUGAUUAUACAAUCAGACAUCUCACUCUAUAGCUUGUGGUAAAACAAAAUUAGAAACAUCUAGGCAAUUUAGUUAUUUUUUAAUCUUAAAAAGGGAGAACUUGUUGAUUAAAAUAGUUUACCUUGUCAAGUUAAUGGAUAUUAUUUCACUGGGUAAUAUUUUUGAAGGGGAAAAUUUAAAAAGAAAAUAAAAAAUUUGGGUCUUUUAUACCAGCGCACUGCAUAGGUUUUAGUCGUAUCAAAGAUGUAAUCUGAGGGGAAGUAUAUUAUACUGCUGUUGACACAGCUAUCAAUAAUGGUGUGCACAAUUUGUCUUCUGUCCUUCAUUUAAUUUUAAUAAAUACCCAUAAUAUCGUACUAUAUAAUACUAUAAGUAACCCAGUGAAUAAUCAUUACUACUAACUGAAACUAGUUACUAUAAAAUUAAAAAAAGAUAUUUUAUUCAAAAAACAGAUGUUUUUGAACAAAAUAAACGUAUUUUUGAUGUGACA